UUUUCUACGUCAGCUCGCUCGCUCGCUACGCAUAGCACUCUGGUGUAUGGAGAAGUGCAUAAAGUCUGUGUGCGUAUUAGAAGGGCUUGAAAUAGCUUGUUACACCGAGCUAGUUUCAUUACAAUAUGGUAAACUAUUUGUUCAGCGAUUAGGAAAUUAAUCUGUUGUAUUCAGCUAUCGAAUAAGGAGUUGUUUAGCUUGAGAAGAUGUCGGCGUCUGAAGGAAACAAAAACACGAACACGGAACCAUGGGGCGGUUUUGAUGACAACAUCAUCCAGGGAACCGGGUCUGCGGUGAUAGACAUGGAGAACAUGGACGACACGUCGGGCUCCAGCUUUGAAGACAUGGGGGAGAUGCACCAACGCAUGAAGGAGGAGGAGGAGGUGGCAGAGGAGGCGGCCGCCACAGAGGAGGACGGCGCCGGCGAAGACGGAGAGUUCCUGGGCAUGAAGGGGAUCAAGGGCCAACUGGGCAGACAGGUGGCCGAUGAGGUGUGGAGAGCAGGCAAGCGCCAGGCCUCCAAGGCCUUCAACCUGUACGCCAACAUAGACAUCCUCCGACCCUACUUUGAUGUGGAGCCCAUUCAAGUCCGUAACAGGUUGAUUGAAUCCCUGAUUCCUGUUCGAAUGAUCAACUUCCCUCAGAAAGUGGCUGGGGAGCUGUACGGGCCCAUGAUGCUGGUGUUCACCCUGGUGGCCAUCCUGCUUCAUGGCAUGAAGACGUCUGGCACUGUCAUUAGAGAGGGCACCCUCAUGGGCACAGCCAUUGGCACCUGCUUCGGCUACUGGCUCGGUGUGUCUGCCUUCAUCUACUUCCUGGCGUACCUGUGCAACGCUCAGAUCACCAUGCUGCAGAUGCUCUCUCUACUGGGUUACGGGCUGUUUAGCCACUGUGUGGUCCUCUUCGUCACCUACAACGUCCACUUCCACUCCCUCUUCUACCUCCUCUGGCUCCUGUUCGGAGGGCUCUCCACGCUGCGCAUGGUGGCAGUGUUGAUCUCUCGCACCGUUGGCCAGACCCCUCGGCUCAUCCUGUGCGGCUCGGUGGCAGCUCUGCACAUGCUCUUCCUGCUCUACCUGCACUUUGCCUACCACAAGAUCGUAGAAGGUAUCCUGGACACUUUGGAAGGACCCAACGUCCUGCCGAUCCAGAGGGUGGCCAGGGAUCUGCCCCAACUUAUCACGGUGAUGAACGCCACGAUGAAGGGCCUGGCUGCUGGUGCCAUCUACACUCAGUGACGGUUCAUCCAGAGACAUACACACACAACACACACACACACACACACACACACACACACAC